CAGGGCCUCCCGUGGUGGUGGGAGAGGAGGGGCUGUGCGGGGAGACGGUGGGGCUGAUGAAGCUGGGGACACUUGGCGGGCGAGGUAGUGGAAUGUCUGUGAAAAUCAGUAAUUCGGGACCAGGGAGGGGUGAGUGGUUGUGAAGCCGGCGGAGGGAAUUAAGUGGAUGGUGGGGGCCUCUGGGAGGGGCCAUUGGGGGGACCUUAGCCUCGGGGGCUGGAGGCAGCAGGCCCUGGGGGUGAGGGAGCCCGGAGGCUCCCCUCGGGAGUGAGUGGAGGGCUGUGCGGGGCCGGCGUGUGCCCUGGGGAUGUGGGCUCGGGUCUGUGUGCAGCAAUAGUUAAGGCUCUAGCCAUCCAUGAUUUGCGUGCUUUUGGCUUGGCGACGGGGCGCGAAGGGAUGAACGACGGGGCUCUGUGGGCGCGUGGGGGGCAUGUAGAGGCCCCGGAGUGGUUGCACUGAGGAAUUCGUCGGCAGGAGGGGCCGCUGGUUGCUGCAGUGUUGGACUGUACCUGAGCCGUGUGCUCCUGGGAAGAUCCCCCCCUCCUCGGGUUCCGGGAAACAGCUGGCUGCAAAGAACCCCCUUCCCACAUGAUGCCCUUGUUUACCUGUGACAAGGCCGUAGCUUACUUCGCGGAAAGGUGCCCACUGGCCAUCCACCAUGUCGGCCUUCCUCUCAGCCUGUCCGCCUGUGGGGACCAAGCUGGGAGAACAAAUUGCCACAGGUGUACCCUCAUGAAGGAAGUCACAUCCCUGUGUGACCCUGCUGUGAGCCCGUGGAGUCCUUGACCCUGAUCUGGUAUCCAGCUGGUGUAAGUGCCUGGUUCACUCCACAGCGGUGGAGACAUUGAAAGUGGCUGAUUUUGGAGUAGAGAGCCAGCACCCCAGGCCAUUGCCCGUUCCCUGUCCUGCCUAGAAGCCAUGGCCCUCAGGAGCACGAAAACCCAUGUGAGAUAAGAAAGAAGAGGCCUCAGGACUCGGGGUGCGUUCCCAGUCCACAGACCUUUGACCAGAGGCCUUUUUCCAGAGCAUCAGGCAGAGCAGAGCAGAUUUCCCAGGACCGGGGGAGAAUGGUCAAGUCACAGAUAUCAUUUGAGGAUGUGGCUGUGGACUUCACGUUGGAGGAGUGGCAGCUGCUUAAUCCUACUCAGAAGACCUUGUACAGGGAUGUGAUGUUGGAGAACUAUAGCAAUCUAGUUUUCUUGGGUUAUCAAAUGAUCAAACCUGAGGCGAUUUUCAAACUGGAGCAAGAAGAGCCGUGGAUAUUAGGUGAAGAAACCCUAAGUCAGAACUUUCCAGAAGAAGUCUGGCUAGAUAAUAAUCUCAAAAUGUGGCACCAGGAUAAUCAAGACAAGCUUAAAAGUAUGGAGAGAGGCCAUGAAUAUGACGUCUUUGGGAAAAUGUUUCAUUCAGGCAUUAACUUUGAUCAUUUAGGAAUGAGAUCCCAUAAAUGUGGCACAGGUGAAAAAAGUUUGAAACAUCCUUUUGAUUUUCUUAUUCCAAAAAGUAACUGUGAAAGAAAAAAACUUGACGAGCUUAAUAAGAAAUUACUAUUCUGUAUCAAGCCUGACAAAACCUAUGGUGGAAUAAAAUACUCUGAUUGCAGUAAAUGUAGAAAAGUCAGCAGUAAAGAGCCAGGGCUCAUUACAAACCAAAUAGCACGUACAGGAGUCUGUUUAUGCAUGGAAUGUGGUAAGGUUUUUAACAAAAAGUCACAGCUCAUUAUACAUCAGAGAACUCAUACAGGAGAGAAGCCCUAUGGAUGCCAUGUCUGUGGGAAAGCCUUCUCCCAGAAGUCAUUACUCACUAUUCAUCAAAGGACUCAUUCAGGAGAAAAGCCAUAUGGGUGUGGUGAAUGUCAAAAAGCUUUCAGCAGGAAGUCACUGCUUGUUUUACAUCAGAGAACUCAUACGGGAGAGAAGCCCUAUGGCUGCAGGGACUGUGGGAAGUCCUUUAGUAGGAAGUCACAGCUUCAAAGGCAUCAGAGAACCCACACAGUAGAGAAGCCCUAUGGCUGCAAUGACUGUGGGAAGGCCUUCUCCCAGAAAAUAAGGCUUAUUACACAUCAGAGGACACACACAGGGGAGAAGCCCUACAAAUGUAGUGAUUGCGGAAAAGCCUUCUUUUGGAAGUCACAGCUUAUUACUCAUCAGAGGGUUCAUACAGGGAAGAAACCGUAUGCAUGUAGUGAGUGUAAAAAAGCCUUCAGCAGGAACUCACUCCUCAUUAGGCAUCAGAGGAUCCACACAGGAGAGAAGCCCUAUGAAUGCAGUGAAUGUGGUGAAGCCUUCAUCAGAAAACCGCAACUUGUCAAACAUCAAAUGACUCACACAGGAGAGAAGAACUAUCAGUGCAGGAACUGUGAAGAAGCCUUCUUUAAGAAGUCAGAACUAAUUAGACAUCAGAAAGCUCAUUUAGGAGAAAAACCCUAUGGAUGUGUUGAAUGUGGAAAAACCUUCUUUGGGAAGUCACAGCUCCUGACACAUCAGAGAACUCACACCGGAGAGAAACCUUAUGAAUGCGGUGCCUGUGGGAAAGCCUUCACCCAAAAGUCCAGCCUGGUAUCUCAUCAGAGGACACACACAGGGGAGAAACCCUAUGAGUGCAGCGAGUGUGGGAAAGCCUUCAGUGAGAAGUCAAGCCUCAUUCACCAUCAGAGAACCCACACUGGAGAGAAACCCUUCGAAUGCAGUGAGUGUAGGAAAGCUUUUGCCUGGAAGCCACAGCUUCUUCGGCAUCAGAGAAUUCAUACAGGGGAGAAACCCUAUGAAUGCAGUGAGUGUGGGAAGGCAUUUGUUCAGAAAGUACAGCUCAUUAAGCAUCAGAGAAAUCAUACAGGAGAGAAGACCUAUGGAUGCAGUGAUUGUACAAAAGCUUUCUUUGAGAAGGCGCAGCUCAUUAUACAUCAGAGGAUUCAUACAGGAGAGAGACCCUAUAAAUGUGGGGAAUGUGGGAAGUCUUUCACUAGAAAGUCGCACCUUAUGAGGCAUCAGAGGAUCCAUACAGGAGAUAAAUGCUAUAGAUGCAGUGAAUGUGGGACAGCCUUCCACAGGAAGGCACAGCUCCUGAUACAUCAGAGAAGUCAUAUGCUGUAGACACGGGGCGGGUGCGGUGAGUAUGGGGAGUCUGCCAUCAGGUGUCAGGCCCCUCACACUCCAAGGACACGUACAGGAGAGAAACCCUGUCACUGCAGUGACUGUCUCACCAUACAGAAUUCAGAAAGAGAACUUUUUUUAAGUAGGCAAUAUAGGAAAGCCUUCUCCCAGAAAACAAAACUUAUUACAUAUUGAUGGCUCCUCAGUGUGGAAAUCUUAUCAGUAUUGUGAUAAGUACAGACCUUUCAGUCAAAAGUGACAGCCUGUUAAAUACUUAGAAGACCUAAACAGGAGAAAAACUCAAUUGUUAUAACAAGUAAGUGAAAGAUUUCACCGGGAAAGGGUAACUCAGAGUACACUAGAGAAUACAUACACAAAGGAAAUACUGAGUAUUAUAUAUUAGAGAUCUCAUGCAGAGGAGUAGUUCUAAUAAUUUGAAGAAUUUGAUAAGCAUGAUCCUAUUAAAAUAAUUCUAAAAGGAAGAUGUGUGCAUUGUAUAUAAAUUAUUAUAAGAAAAUAGGCAUUUUAAAGUGGUAGCUGUGUUUUACGUGUGAAAACUUCUGCUUUCUGCUAUGGUGCUAUAGGAAGAACCAGAUAAACUCUACUGCCUUAAGCAGCUAGAAACCGUACCAUUUAUGAAAUAGUGGUUUUUUAGACAUAUGUCAAACACAGGUUUGUGAUCCCUGGCAGGAGGUGGACAAGGUGAGGAGAGCCCCACGACUGCCCAGCCUAGAGCCUGGGGGCAGCAUCCAGGCUGCAGGUCAGGGAGGGGAAUGAACGUGGUCCUGCUGGACUGAAGAGAGUUGCCGAGUUGGCGUCUGGGGAGCCCUGGUGGCUAGAAUUUGCAGGGAAAAGUGCUAGAUAGGAAGGAGCUUCCCAGAGAGGGCCUGCAGAAAUCCUCAAUGAGUCCCCCCUUGAGUCUGUGGGCUUUAGUGCUGAUUCACACGUGUGUGGAAGGAAGCUGAGACCAUGAGAGUGGCACUGGGGAGCAGUGAGCUGGGCGAGCCCUGGAGCUCAGCGCAGGCGGGGACAGUUCACGUUCCCACCAGCCAUACAAAAGCACGUGGGCAUCAAGAGAGUUCCCAGAACAAUAUUGUCUUGGUGGGGAGGGUAACUAACCCUAGAUUAAAAGCUACUCUACCCACAGUGACUGACGUCCAAACACUUACCUGGCAUGCCAAGGGGCAGGAACAUAUGACUUGUAACCAGGAGGAAAAUCAGGCAGUAGAAAGAGAAAAGACUGAAGUGAUUGGAAUUAGUAGACAAGGAUGUUCAAAUAGCUAUUGUAAGUAUAAAGUAGAGGAAAACAUGAAUUUGACGACACAUGAGUGGAAGAUAUAUUUUUAAAAGCUCAAAUGGAACUUCUCAGGAUGAAAACAACAUCUGUAAAUUAAAAAAAACUGGAUGGAAUUAAGAACAUAUUAGACAUAGAAGAAGGAAAACAAUGAAUUUGAACAGUAAGUAUAAAAAUUAUCCAGGUGAAUGAUACACACAGAGAGAAAAAGACUGGGGGGAAAGGAGAACAGGGAAUUAGUUACUGUGGCGUAACACACAUGGAAUGGGAGGUCCAGAAAGAGAGGAGGGAGAAAAAGGAUUUGGAUAAACGAUGGCUGAAAAAUAUCCACAUAUGAUGAAAAGUAUAACUCGACAUAUUCAAUAAGCUCAAAGGACCCAACACCUAAGAAACAUAAAGAUGCCAAUGGACAUCAUCGUCAAAUUGAUGAAAACCGGUGUUAAAGAGAACGAUUGUAAAAUGUCUGGAGAAAAAGACACAACACGUUCACAGAACAAAGAAUAACAACAUACUUCUGGUCAGAAACUAUGCAAACUAAAAGACAGCAGAGUGACAUCAUUAAAUUAUGAAAGAUAUAAAAGAAACCCCUGCAACCUGGAGUUCGGUUGCCUGUCGAAAACAUCUUCCAAAAGUGAAAGCAAAAAAGACUUCAAAGAAACAAAAUCAGAGAGAGUUCCUGCCAUAAGGAAACACUGAAGAAAGUUUGAGGUCAGCAAGAAAAGAACACUCUGGAAAUGGUGAAUGUGUGGAUGAAUAUGAAAGAUUUUUUUUCUCAUUUAAAAAUCUUUCAAAAAGUUAAUGGACUGCUUAAAACCAAAGUAAUGACAACAUACUUGGGGUUAUGAUCUAUUUAGAAGUAAAGUGUAUGACUACGAUAGCACUUAAGUGUGAAUCUGUAAAAAUAGUUGAACAGACUGUGUCGUCUGAGACGGGCUCGGGAUGACUUGUGUUUGUAGCAACUGCACGAUGGAAGCUGUCUGUGUUACGGAUCUGUGCACGUCGCCACACCCAUUCUCCUUUUUCUGCUCUGCAUGCCCAGAGGAAGUGCACAACUGCUUCCUAGGGUUUCUGCUCAGGUUCACACAGGGAGGUAUGUGUCAGCCCUCCCUCCCUCCUGCUGGUCUACAGACACCCAGAUGGCUGCAGCUCCCUGCUCGUCAGAUGUAAGGGUGUUAACUGCUUCUGGGGGCUUCACCAUCCCUCCUGGUUGGUUUUCUUAAUUGUCAACACAAAUCUGUAAAUAGUCCCUUUAUUAAAUGUUCCUGAGUUAAUAAUUUGAGUGUAACAUUUGUUUUCUGUGAUGUGUUAAAUGAUGAACGUUUGACCAAAUUUUGAGUAUCAGUUACUGGUCCAUGGGGCAUAGACUGACAUCUGUCAAGAUUUCUCACACUCUGGGCUUCCCUGCUGGCACAGUGGUUUAGAGUCCACCUGCCGAUGCAGGGGACACGGGUUCGUGCCCCGGUCCGGGAAGAUCCCACAUGCCGCGGAGCGGCUGCGCCCGUGAGCCAUGGCCGCUGAGCCUGCGCGUCCGGAGCCAUUGCUCCACAAUGGGAGAGGCCACAACAGUGAGAGGCCCGCGUACCGCAAAAAAAAAAAAAAAAAAGAUUUUUCACACUCAACAUCAGUGUUUUCUCUUUGUGUUUUAAUAAUUCAGUAGAAAUUAUAACAGAGUUCUUUGUGGUUUUUGUUUUGUUUUGCUGCAAACGUAAAUGGCUCUGGAGAUCAUUACCAUCUGCUCCAUAUGCCAGUGGCCUUGCGGUUAUUACUAGACUUUCUUCACGGAUAGAAACCGAAAUGUUUAUGAGGUCUUUAUGCUGCCUCUGGGUUAGCUGAACGCCUUACAAGAAAGCGUUGUUAUUUAUGUUAAAUGUGUACAGACAAGAAAAAGGUAUCCCAUUACUGAGUGAAGAAAGAAAGGAAUGAUGUACUGUACUUCCGUGUACUCUCAGUUUAAAAACUUGUGCUGCACAAUUAAAAUACUCUUAUUCAA